AUGCAUAUCCCAACCAUCCUCGAGGCCGCCACUCUUGGCCUGGCAUUCUUCAGCGCUGCCGCCAUCGCUGCUCCUGUUCCCGCUAGGAUGGAUGAUGGAACAAUGGCAAUGGUCAGCCGCUCAGCUGAGCUUGCAACCGCGGUCUCUGCCGCCCUUGAGAUGGGUGCCGGCGAGUUGAACCUCCUCGAGGAGCGCGGCAAGAAGAAGAAGAAGGGAAAGAAGGGAAAGAAGGGCAAGAAGGGAAAGAAGGGCAAGAAGGGCAAGAAGGGAAAGAAGGGAAAGAAGGGCAAGAAGGGAAAGAAGGGAAAGAAGUUCCCCCGCGCCGAGGAGGAGACCGAGGAGACCAACCAAGACAACGACCUGGCCUUUGAGGAGAUCGAGCAGCGCGAUCUCAUCGGCGACCUGAUCAACGGCAUCAAUGGGGUCAACCCCGGCGAGCCUAUCGCCACUCCUCAACCUGUUGAGGAUGCCGGCCCAACUCCCACUCCGACACCCCCCAAAGCUCCCGGCGCUGCUCCUCCCGCUCCUCCCGCCGCUCCUGCUCCUGCUCCUGCCCCUGCCCCUGCUCCCAAGCCGCCUGUAGAUGACGCAGCGGAUUUUGAGGAGGCGGCUUUCGAGGACUUCGAAGAGGAGGAGUAA